AUGGUAUCCUACUCUCUUUCUGAAAACGCGUACCUUAAGAUCUUCUUUCACGCGGCGAAACAUCCUCACCUACCAGUGAACGGUGUUCUACUUGGUAGACGAGCCUCGGACGUGGUAGUGAUAGAGGAUGUCAUCCCACUGCUCCAUCACUGGACAAGCCUCAGUCCUAUGAUGGAAAUUGGACUUGAUUUGGCGAAAGGAUAUGCUGAAGCACAAGAGAUGGCUCUAGUGGGGUACUAUCAAGCAAGCGAGAGGCUGGAUGACACCGCUCUUGCGCCUGUCGGCGAGCGGGUCGCGCAGAAAAUUCGUGACCAGUUUAACGAUGCAGUAGCAUUUGUUAUUGACGGCGACAAGUUGGGAACAGGAGAUCCAGCUUUACUCCCAUAUCUACCACAGCCUUCUACGUCAUUCUGGCGGCCAUGCAUAGCGCAAAGUCCCGCAUUCACAACGGGAUCGAUUUUUUUGCUAGACAAAGCUGAUUCACCUACGCGCGCAAUUAGCCUUGUUCGCGACCAUAAUCUUCACGAGAAAUUCGGAGACUUCGAUGACCAUCUAGAGGAUUCACAAACAUCAUUGUUGUUGACUACCAUGACGAUUGUGACUGCUUUCAAAGGUACUCUGGUUCAUUGCCCUUCAUUGGGGCAACUGGAAGUUCUUGAAGAUCAUAUUUUACUUGUGGAUCACCAAGGUUUCAUAAGUUAUGUAGGACCUGCUGGCUCCGAAGCAUCUAAGGAAUUUCUAGCAAGAAUCGACAUACCUAUCACAACCAUACCAUCAGGAAGCUUUUUACUUCCGACAUUCUGCGAUCUGCAUCUCCAUGCGCCCCAGUUCCUGUUCCAGGGGACUGGUCUGCAUCUUCCCUUGAUGCAGUGGCUAGAUGAGUAUGCGUUCAAGUCUGAAGAAAGCUUGGACAGCCGACCAGAGUUGGCAAAGGCAGUUUAUGUACGUCUCGCAGAACGCCUAAGAGACGCCGGAACUGGCGCGGUUCUGUUGUUUGGGACGAUUAACACCACAGCGAAUCUUAUCCUUGCAGAAGUCAUGCAAACCAUCGGUAUACGAGCGCUCGUAGGGAAGCUGUCAAUGGAUAUCUCGUCCCGGCCCUCCUACGUGGAGUCUUCCGCUCUAUCUUCAAUACACUCUGCCGAGGAAUUCAUCGACGGCUGUCGUGACUUGGUUUCAUCUUAUGAACCGCACAGACGUCUCGUUGAACCUGUGAUUACACCACGGUUUGUACCAACGUGCUCGGAUGAGCUUUUGAAAGGGCUCGGAAAACUCGCUCGUGACAGAGGAGUUCGAAUCCAAAGUCACUUGGCGGAGGCCCACGAAGCAGUGCAGUGGGUUUUAAGCGAACGCCACAAAGACGACAUCGAUGUUUUUGAUAACUUCAAUUUACUCACGGAGAAAACUGUCCAAGCCCACUGUACAUUCUUGGAUACAGACAUGCUGUCACGUAUGGCUGGCAGCUGUUCCGCAGUGGCACACUGUCCUCUUUCGAACUCGUACUUUUCGGAAAAGCCAUUCCCGCUCCGUGAAGCGUUGGACCUUGGCGUACCCGUCGGUCUUGGCACAGAUAUCGCCGGUGGAUAUAGCAUAGAUAUCAUGAAUAGCAUGCGGCAGGCUGUAGCUGUUUCCAGGAUCAGAGACGGUCCAAGAAAACUGAGCGGUGAUGGACGGUCUCUCGCAAUCGAUUGGAAAGACGCAUUGUAUUUGGCUACCAGGGGAGGGGCCACUGCACUCGGUCUUUCCUGCGGAGUCUUCCAAGCUGGUGCUCCUUUUGACGCUCAAUGCAUUGAACUGUACAAAGAAAGCGACAAGGGAGUGGGUGCGCUCGAUUUCUUUGAGCCACAGUCAGGUAUCACAUUGGGUGUACUGGAGAAGUGGUGGUGCAUUGGAGACGAACGGAAUAGGCAUGGCAUUUGGAUACAGGGACAGAGGUUGGAUGUGAAAAAUGCUCCAGAGCGCGCGUAG